GGUCCGCAGCGUGACGUGACAUCAGCUGACUGAUCAACAGAGGAAGAAGAAGCAGCAGCAGCCUGAUCCUCGUCGACCUUCAUUCUGGUGAUUCCUCCUCUCUCUGUUCUCUCUGCUCCAACAUGGCGAGUCAGUCUCAGGGCAUCCAGCAGCUGCUGCAGGCCGAGAAGAGAGCCGCCGAGAAGGUGGCUGAAGCCCGCAAACGGAAGAACCGGCGUCUGAAGCAGGCUAAAGAAGAAGCCCAGGCUGAGAUCGAACAGUACCGACUGCAGAGAGAGAAAGAGUUCAAGACCAAAGAGGCUGCUGCCCUCGGUUCCCAUGGCAACAGCGCGGUUGAGGUGGACCGCGACACGGUUGAGCGGAUGAGUCGUAUCCAGGCCAGUUACCGCGGUAACCGGGAGGCGGUGUUGGUCGAGCUGCUGCGACGCGUCUGCGACAUCCAGCCUGAGCUUCACGCCAACUACCGUGUGUCAGGAUGAGGGGCGGGGCCACAUGACCAGAGGGGGCGGGGCCACAUUACCAGAGGGGGCGGGGCAAACAGAGGAGACAUGGACGUUAGCAACAUUAGCUUCAUUAGCUUCAAUCACAGCCAAAACCUUUUUAGUUUAGUGUGUCGAGUUUUUGUGACUCAAACUAAAUCAUCUGAAACUGCAAAGUUCAUCUCUUCCUGUUUUCCUGCUCCGAGCAAAGACGACGUUAAUAACUGUUGUGUUACUGUGUUGAUGUUUACGAAGUAUUUAUAUAUAUAUGUAUAUCAGAUUUCUUCAAAUCUUUCCUGAAUCUAACAAAAUAAAAGUCGUCCUUCGCUGUAUCUCUGUGAGGUUUGAAGAGAAAAUCAGUUUAAAGUCAAAUAAAAUAAUAAAUUAAUCUAAAUGAAAUCAGAUUUGACGAGCUGAUUGGAUGUUUAGCGUUGAACUCUCCUCCAAUCAGGAGUCACGACUUAUCUGUGCUCUCUAACCGGAUUGGCUGGAGAAAGUGGAAAGGCUUUUAUUGUGAAACUCUUGUGCAUUUCCACAUUUUUUUUUUGGUUGUUUCCUGUAUUUGACCAUGUGACUUCCUGUUGUUGUUCUGAUGACUUCCUGUUGAUGUUUGUGAAGUGAUGAUGAAAAACACAGAAAAUAUUAAACUGAAUGUUGAUUGGCUGAAA